CCGCCUCCCCGGCCGCCGUCCCCGCCCCGUCGGAUUCCAGCGGCCGCGCCGCCCCGGGAGGCUUGUCCCUCGCCGCCCGCCGUAGCCCCGGCGCUCGGCCGGCCGCCGUCCCCAAGAUGGCCGCGCCGCUCUCGGCUCCUGCGGGGGGCUAGAGGCGGAGGCGGAGCCGAGUCACUCCCGCAUUUCGGGACUCGGUUGGCCCGCGCCAGGCUGCAGCUCGCUGCCCGCCGCGGCCAUGCGGGGCUCCGUGCACGGAUGAGAGAAGCCGCCGCAGAGCUGGUGGCCGCUCCCGCCUUGGCCGUCACCCCUGCUGCCGCCAUGGAGGAGCCGCCGCCGCCACCAGCACCGGCACCGGCGGCGGAACCCGAGCCCGAGCCCGAGCUCUGCCCGGCGGCGAGGCAGGAGUGUGCUUCGGGAGACUUCCCUUGCAAGAGGCCUGACUCGGAUGCAGAGGACUCUUCCGAUGAAACAAAUACGGAACAUCUGUACAGCGCCUCUCCCCCCAGCACGCCUCGCCAGAUGAAGCGCAUGUCCGCCAAGCACCAGAGGAACAGCGCAGGGAAGCCGUCCAGUCGGUGCAGUCUGAAAGAAAAAAUGAACGCAGCCAACCAAGCUCCGCACAGAGAGGCUGGGAAGGUGGUGGAGAGCGUGGAGGAGUACAGCUACAAGCAGGACAAGAAGAUCCGGGCGGCUCUCAGGACCACGGAGCGUGACCACAAGAAGAGUGCACAGUGCUCCUUCAUGCUGGACUCGGUGGGCGGCUCUCUGCCAAAGAAACCCAUUCCCGAGGUGGACCUGAAUAAGCCUUACCUCAGCCUGGGCUGCAGCAACUCCAAGCUCCCGGUCUCGGUGCCCAUGCCCAUCGCCAGGACUGCGCGCCAGACUUCCCGGACUGACUGUCCUGCAGAUCGCUUAAAGUUUUUUGAAACUUUACGACUUUUACUAAAGCUUACCUCAGUCUCCAAGAAGAAGGACAGGGAGCAAAGAGGCCAGGAAAAUACAUCUGCCUUCUGGUUUAACCGAUCCAACGAACUCAUCUGGUUGGAGCUGCAAGCCUGGCAUGCAGGACGGACCAUCAACGACCAGGACCUAUUUUUAUAUACAGCCCGUCAGGCCAUCCCGGACAUCAUCAACGAAAUCCUUACUUUCAAGGUGAAUUAUGGGAGCUUUGCCUUUGUCCAAAAUGGCGCUAGUUUCAAUGGCCCUCCAGCAGAAGGGCAGAGCACGGCCCCUUGUGGCAUGAAGAGCACGGGUGACUCGACGUACCACAAGCAUCUUCAGCGCCAGAGGGUGUCAUUCGAGCAGGUGAAGCGGAUCAUGGAGCUGCUGGAGUACAUCGAAGCACUUUAUCCGUCACUGCAGGCUCUCCAGAAGGACUACGAGAAAUAUGCCGCCAAGGACUUCCAGGACAGGGUGCAGGCACUCUGUCUGUGGCUCAACAUCACAAAAGACUUAAACCAGAAAUUAAGGAUUAUGGGCACUGUUUUGGGCAUCAAGAAUCUGUCAGACAUUGGCUGGCCAGUGUUUGAAAUCCCUUCCCCUCGCCCAUCCAAAGGCAAUGAGCCGGAGGACGAGGGGGACGACACCGAAGGAGAACUGAAGGAGUUGGAGAGUAGCACGGAUGACAGUGAAGAGGAGCUGGCCUCUGGUCGGAGGGGGCCGCAUGCCCGGCGGUGCUCGGAGAGCAGCCUCGACGACCGCGUGAGCCGCAGGCUGGAGCGGCUCGAGUCGGAGGAGGAGCCCCUGGGCUGGGGCGCCCCGGACAGCGGCAGCGAGGCUGGCUGCAGUCGGCACUGCCUCACCUCGAUUUACAGACCGUUUGUGGACAAGGCCCUCAAGCAGAUGGGCUUAAGAAAGUUAAUUUUAAGACUUCACAAGCUCAUGGAUGGUUCCUUACAAAGAGCACGUAUUGCUCUGGUCAAGAGUGACCGUCCCAUGGAGUUUUCUGAAUUCCCAGAUCCCAUGUGGGGCUCGGAUUAUGUGCAGCUGUCCAGGACCUCGCCUUCAGCUGAGCAGAAACGCAGCACCGUGUCCUGGGAGGAGCUGAGGGCCAUGGACCUGCCCUCCUUCGAGCCUGCCUUCCUGGUCCUCUGCCGGGUGCUCCUGAACGUCAUCCAUGAGUGCCUCAAGCUGAGACUGGAGCAGAGGCCUGCCGGAGAGCCGUCCCUGCUCAGCAUUAAGCAGCUGGUGAGGGAGUGUAAGGAGGUGCUGAAGGGAGGCCUCCUGAUGAAGCAGUACUACCAGUUCAUGCUACAGGAGGUUCUGCACGACCUGGAGAGAACCAGCUGCAACAUUGAUGCCUUCGAGGAGGAUCUGCAUAAGAUGUUGAUGGUAUAUUUUGAUUACAUGAGAAGCUGGAUCCAGAUGUUACAGCAGUUACCUCAAGCCUCCCAUAGUUUAAAAAACCUGUUGGAAGAAGAAUGGAGCUUCACCAAAGAGAUCACUCCUUACAUCCGCGGGGGAGAGGCGCAGGCUGGCAAACUCUUCUGUGACAUUGCGGGAAUGCUGCUGAAAUCCACAGGUUGCUUCUUAGAGUUCGGCCUGCAGGAGAGCUGCGCUGAAUUUUGGACCAGCGCAGAUGACAGCAGUGCCUCUGAUGAAAUAAGGAGGUCUGUGAUCGAGAUCAGCCGGGCACUGAAGGAGCUCUUUCAUGAAGCCAGGGAGAGAGCCUCGAAGGCCCUGGGCUUUGCCAAAAUGCUGAGGAAGGACCUGGAAAUAGCAGCAGAAUUUGUUCUUGCAGCUCCAGUGAGAGACUUCCUGGAUGUUCUGAAGUCAAAGCAGUAUGUGAAGGUACAGAUUCCUGGGUUGGAAAGCUUGCAGGUGUUUGUUCCGGAUGCACUGGCUGAAGAGAAGAGUACAAUCUUGCAGCUGCUGAAUGCUGCGGCUGGGAAGGACUCCAAGGACUCGGAUGACUCGCUACUUGAUGCCCACCUGCUGCUUGCCAAGCAGAAUACCCGGGUCCACGCCUCUCAAGAUGGCUGGGGCGGGUGGGAGGCGCAACCAGUCAAAGUUGCACCCCAGGUGGAGACAGUUGAUACCCUGAGAAGCAUGCAGGUGGAUCAUCUUCUGCUGGUUGUCAUGCAGUCGGCCCAUCUCACAAUUCAGAGAAAAGCCUUCCAGCAGGCCAUCGAAGGGCUUGUGACCCUUCGCCAGGAGCAGACAUCCAGUCAGCCCAUCAUCGCUAAAGCCCUGCAACAGCUGAAGAACGACGCCUUAGAGCUGUGCAACCGAAUAAGCAACGCCAUUGACCGUGUGGACCACAUGUUCACGUCAGAAUUUGACGCUGAAGUCGAUGAGUGUGAGUCCGCCACGCUGCAGCAGUACUACCGGGAAGCCAUGAUCCAGGGCUACAACUUUGGGUUUGAGUAUCAUAAAGAAGUUGUCCGGUUGAUGUCUGGCGAGUUUAGACAGAAGAUAGGAGACAAAUAUAUAAGCUUUGCCCGGAAGUGGAUGAAUUAUGUAUUGACUAAGUGUGAGAGUGGCAGAGGCACCAGACCAAGGUGGGCCACUCAAGGAUUUGAUUUUCUUCAAGCCAUUGAGCCUGCCUUUAUUUCAGCGUUGCCAGAGGAUGACUUCCUGAGUUUACAAGCCCUGAUGAAUGAGUGCAUUGGCCAUGUCAUAGGGAAGCCGCACAGUCCUGUUACAGCCAUUCACCGGAACAGCCCCCGGCCCGUGAAGGUGCCUCGGUGCCACAGCGACCCUCCUAACCCUCACCUGAUUAUCCCGACGCCAGAGGGCUUCAGGGGUUCCAGUGUCCCUGAAAAUGACCGCUUGGCGUCCAUAGCUGCAGAGCUGCAGUUUAGGUCCCUGAGUCGUCACUCCAGUCCCACCGAGGAGCGAGAUGAACCAGCGUACCCUAGGGGUGAUUCGAGUGGGUCGGCACGAAGAAGUUGGGAACUCCGGACCCUUAUCAGCCAGACCAAAGACUCCACCUCGAAGCAAGGCCCCAUGGGAGCCGUCCAGAAGUCGGUGCGAUUGUUCGAAGAAAAGCGGUAUCGAGAAAUGAGGAGGAAGAAUAUCAUCGGGCAAGUUUGUGACACCCCCAAAUCCUACGACAAUGUUAUGCAUGUUGGCUUGAGGAAGGUGACGUUCAAGUGGCAAAGAGGAAACAAGAUUGGAGAAGGACAGUACGGGAAGGUGUACACCUGCAUCAGUGUCGACACCGGGGAGCUGAUGGCCAUGAAGGAGAUCCGAUUUCAGCCCAAUGACCAUAAAACCAUCAAGGAGACAGCCGACGAACUGAAGAUCUUUGAGGGCAUCAAGCACCCCAACCUGGUCCGGUACUUUGGUGUGGAGCUGCACAGGGAGGAAAUGUAUAUCUUCAUGGAGUACUGCGAUGAGGGCACGCUGGAAGAGGUGUCGCGCCUGGGCCUGCAGGAGCACGUCAUUAGGCUGUACGCCAAGCAGAUCACCGUGGCCAUCAACGUCCUGCACGAGCAUGGCAUAGUCCACCGUGACAUCAAAGGUGCCAAUAUCUUCCUCACAUCAUCCGGACUCAUCAAACUGGGGGAUUUUGGAUGCUCAGUGAAGCUUAAAAACAAUGCACAGACCAUGCCUGGGGAAGUGAACAGCACGCUGGGGACAGCAGCAUACAUGGCCCCAGAAGUCAUCACUCGUGCCAAAGGAGAAGGCCACGGGCGUGCGGCGGACAUCUGGAGCCUGGGCUGUGUCGUCAUAGAAAUGGUGACUGGCAAGAGGCCUUGGCAUGAGUAUGAACACAACUUCCAGAUUAUGUAUAAAGUGGGAAUGGGACAUAAACCACCCAUCCCUGAAAGACUAAGCCGAGAAGGGAAGGACUUCCUUGCUCACUGCCUUGAAAGUGACCCAAAGAUGAGAUGGACAGCCAGCCAGCUCCUCGACCACUCGUUUGUCAAGGUUUGCACAGAUGAAGAAUGAGCCAGCAGGCUGCGGCCCCCAUGGCGUGGACCCAGAGACUCCCUCAAUUACUGCUGUAUGGGAUAUCGACACAGAGACCGAGCGGAAAAGCAGUAAAGGCCUUCUUCCCUCGCAAGACUGAAGACUGCCCAGCGUCAGUGACACUGAGUGACUGACGAGCGUCACUCCUGCUGAUCCUGUGGGUGUGCUGUGUGGCAGGGUCCACGAGGUUCGAGAAGCUGCAUGUUAAGUGCCAUUACUACUGUACACGGACCAUUGCCUCUGCCUCCUCCGUUUCUCGCGUGCCUGAGACCUGUGACAUCCGUGUAGUGUGUUUGACCUUCCUGGGUUCAGAGAAAGCUGUAGUGUUAUCAGGCGUCCCAGAGCUUGUUUUUAAUCUCCUGUUUGUCGAGUGCACUGACUGUGAAACCAUAUCUCUUUGUUGUUGGCAAGCUGCAGGUUUGUUACACAAAAGGCUGAUUAAUGAAACUGAAGAAAAAGGUUCUUUUUUCAAUAAAUGGUUUAUUUUAGGAAA